AUGCCCGGUGGAUAUCUUCCUGGUCUCCCUCCUGUCUAUCCUAACAGUUGGACAUCUUCAGGAUUACCUUCGAACAUGUCUGACCUAAUUCCUGCGGACGGAAAUUGUACUGAUGGCAUCCACUGGAUUUGGAUUUCUAUGGGACAGUGUGUUAUGGAUGCUCGUGGUGGUGUUGCCUUAUUCUGUGGAUUUGUUUGUUUACUUCUUUGGAUUGCAGUAGGAAUACCUCAGAUAGUGGAGAAUUUUAGAACAGGAAUUCCAGAUAAAGCUCUUUCGCCUGGUUUCUUAGUACUCUGGACUAGUGGUGAUGUAUGCAACUUGAUAGGUUGUUUUUUAACUCAUCAACUUAUAAUGCAGAUUGUUAUAACUGGCUACUGUAUUAUUAGUGAUUUAAUACUUGUAUUUCAAUUCAUGUAUUACAAAAUUCGACAUCAUGCUGUUCUACGACAAAUGGCUGCUGUUUUAAAGGAGGGUGAGAUAUCUCCUGUUAGAAGUACUUCACCCACUAUACUUGAUAAUGAUUUGGAACAAACUAAUCAACGUCAAGAAUAUCAACGACUUCCAGUUUGUUUUAUUGGUGUAACUGGUUUAACUUUAACAGCUGUUACAUUGACUUCAAUGGGAAGUAUAUUUAAUGAUUAUGCGCCUCAACAACCAAUUGUCAGUGGUGUUCUCCAUCAUUCGAGAAGAUUAUUAGAAUGGAAAGAAUAUGACAUGAUUGAACCUGAAUUUAUACAAUCAGAUCCUUUAGAUGGUGCAGUGACCAAAGUGGGAUAUGCUCUUGGAUGGGUUUCUACAUCUAUGUACCUGUUGUCCAGAAUACCACAAAUAUUUCGUAAUUGGAAACGUAGAUCAACUGAAGGCCUUUCAGUGUUCAUGUUCUUUAUGACUGUAACGGGUAAUGUAGCGUACGGUUUACAGAUUUUUCUUUCAUCCACUGAAAGAAAUUAUUUAAUUCGAGCUGUACCAUGGAUUUUUGGGAGUUUAGGUGUAGUUUUGUUAGAUAUGAUGGUGCUGAUUCAGUUCCUUCUUUAUCGGUCAGCACAUCCUCGUGGUGAUCAUGAUGGCAUCAAUCAAGAAAAUACAAGUUUAUUAGAUUCAAGUAACAAUCGAAAUGAAGUUGCGUUAGUAAGCGAUUCUGAUGCUUGUAAAGCCUGGCGUAGUCGUGAUCGUCUGCAUUCCUCGCUGAUAUCUAUAUUUCCUGCUGCAGUAAUAGGCAAACCAGUCACUGUAACGCUUUUAGAUGAAACACGUAUAACUGGACGUUUAUCUUCAUGUGAUGGAUUGAUGAAUUUAGAAUUGGACAGUGGUGUUAUAGUAAGGAAUCCGAUUACAGACGGACCGAAUGAAUUCACUCAACUUGAUAAAAUGACAAUAUUUGGUCAAAGAAUACGUUAUAUAACUAUGCCAAAGGUAGAUAAUCUUUCUGAAGUAAUUACUAAAUGGGAGGCUAAAACUAAUAAUAAUGAUGGAGUGCUUAUGUCUAGACAGCGAAAAAUUUUAAAAGAGAACCAAUGCACACAGAAUGAUGAAAGUGAAUUACGCCACUCAAGUGUCAAUCAGCCAGCUAAAAAAAUUUCAUCUGUUGCUCAAAGCAUUUAUAGUCAAUCGGAAAAUGUUGUUGAGGAUGGUGAGAAUAAUGCAUACCUAGAUGAAGAAGACUUAAGAAAUUUUGCAUCUAUCGGUGCAGAACCAAGUGGUGAUAAGAAAAUUGAUUUAAUUAUGGCUCAGACAUUGAAAGUAAUUUAUGGCGAUCUAUAA